AUGUUCGCAAGCGUUGAUGAAGACCAUAUUAAAUGUUUAAUCGAAGAAAAAGAUUCGAAGAGUACACAGAGGACCAUAAAAAGGUCGGUAAAUUUAUUCCGGUCAUUCCUGACCCAGAAAAACAUCAACCAAGAGUUUGAGAGUUUCUUGAAGGAUCAACUAAAUGAAAAUUUGAGACUUUUUUUCGUGUCGAUCAGAUCAAAAUCCGGGGAUAAUUUGAAGGUAACUUCCCUUCAGAGUAUUAAGUAUGGACUUUCCAAAUACUUGAAAGAAACUUGCAAGAUUGAUAUCAAUGAUCCAGAAUUUAGCGACUGCAAAAAAGUAUUCAAGGCAAAAGUUACGGACAUGAAAAAAAAGGGAUAUGGCUCCAUCGUCCACAAACCUCCGAUUACUCAAGAGGACCUGAGAAAACUUUACAACUCAGACAGUGUAGUAUUUAACAUAAAUACACCAUGUGGCCUGCAGAUGAAAGUCUGGUUUGAUGUUAUGUUUUAUAUGUGUCGUGGGGGGCGAGAAAAUUUAAGAUACAUGACAAAAUCAACAUUUGGAGUCAACACAGAUUCCUGUGGGCGACAGUUUGUAUUCCAAGCUGUUGACGAGGCUGAUAAAAAUCACAGUGUUGAUGGAACCCCUGAUGACACUAUUGGUGAGGGUAGAAUGUACGCACAGCCAGGAAAUGUGAUGUGUCCUGUAGCAUCUUUCAAGAAAUAUUUAGAUAAACUGCACCUCAAGCUUGAUGCUCUAUGGCAGCGUCCUUUGGAUUCAUAUCUCGAGUCAAACAGGGUGUGGUAUUGUCGUGCAGCUAUAGGAAAGAACACUCUGGGAACCAUGAUGUCAGCGAUCUCCAAACUUGGAAAUCUUUCCAACAUGUACACCAACCAUUCCAUCAGAGCUACUGCCGUAACAGCUCUUGAUGAUGCGGGGAUAGAAGCACGGCAUAUUAUGAGAGCAUCAGGCCAUAAAAGUGAAGCUUCAAUUAGAAGUUAUGCUUGUCGACUCAGUGAUCCAAAGAAACGGGAAAUGUCAGACUGUUUAAGUGGAGUUCUAGGAUCACGAGAUGAUCAGAAAGAGAAUGAAAACGUUGCUUUAGAAGAUAUAACUAUGGAGGAACUCGAUGCUAUAUUUAAUGACAGUACAUUUUCAGAAGUUCCCACAAACCAGGAGAAAUCGGUGGAAUCUCCACAGCCACUAAAUUUGUUAAACUUAAAUUCAGUACCCACCAAUGUCAGUUCAAUGGGAAUUAAUGUAUACCCAUCUCUCAAUAACUGUGUGGUUCAUUUCAACUUUGUACCCCCAAAGUAAAUAGUGAACUUCUUUGAACUGAUCCUUAAUAUUAUGUUCCAUUCAAACUGUGAUAUCCAUUUGUUCUGAGAUAUCCAUUUGUUCUGAGAUAUCCAUUUGUUCAG